AUGCAGGUAGAUAUAGAAGUUGGUGACAAACUUUCCCAAAUGGCGAACUAUGAGAUCACAUGGUUAGGAACAGAAAUCAAGUUCAUUAAAACGGGAAGAAUGCUUAUAGCAGAAGGAUCUGUAAUCAAUAUUCCUGAUGAUAAAGCACAAUACAUGUUUGUUGACUGGAAAUACACUAAAAGCCCGCCAUGUUUAGCUAAAAUACCAGGCUACAACAAGCCACUGACCACGAAUGUCUUCAUCACACGAGCCACGGUUAGGCCUGAAGUUGAAAAACUCACAGAUUUAUUCAAGCCGGGCCAAAGAGUCAAAUUCGUCGCCAGAGAACAAGCUCCAAAUGAGCGAGGUGUUUGUUGGAGGGCUGCAUUAGCAACAGAUGAAUAUCAUGAUAUUGUGGUGGAAGCACCCAAUACUCAAGGUCGUUCCACUCAUCGUGUGAUUCCAAAAGCAGGCGUGGUCCCUGCUUCACCAACAGUUCGUCAGACUCGACCUACAACUCCGAUGAAAACAGCUGUAGCUCUCGCAUCUGCGACUACAGCUUACCCUGGCCAACGACCACUCAUGAAGCCAGUCAUCAAACCAUCAGAAGAUCAAAAUUCUGUGUUUUCUUUUUCAUCAGCUGUCACCCAUGUUUCGACUGCUCCGUCAACUUCUAGUCGUGUUCCAGCUACUACUUCUACUUCUAGUCAUAUUACAACCACUACAUCACCUUCUUCCUCUACCAAACCCCGAGUCCGCGUAACAAAGCCGCUACCCGUGGAUGGAUUCGACUAUUUCGAUACUUCUAAAAAAGCAUGCAAUGCAAGAUUCGCGCAAUUUGCCACCAAAUAUCGCCGGGUUAAUCCAACUUGUCUUUCAUCGCAGAAACUUUUAGAAGGCUGCUUAUACAUUAAAUAUAUCAACAAAGUUAAAGAGGAGUUGUCCGGCGUUCAAGUGGGAAGCGAAGAAAAAUAA